AUGCAGUCACACACCUCCUCCUCUCCUCCUCUCCUGGCCCUGGCACUGCUCCUCCUCCCUCACUCCUCCACGUCUCCUCUGCCCACACAUGAGCCUCCUGCCCUGGGGCUGACGCUUCUGCAGCUGCUGGACCCCAACCCGGAGCAGCAGGAGGCGCCGCCUUCCACAGAGCCAUUCUUCAGCUGGUACCCAUCAAAUCAGGACUCAAACCUGGAUUCUGUCCAAGACACGAACUCGGACCAGGACACAGACCAGUACACAGACCUCGAUGAGGACCAGGACUUGCUCCGGUCUCAGCGUGGGGAGGUGGGUCAUGACGAGGAGAACAGACUGAGUGAAGCUCUCAGUGUCGUUGCAGGAGGUCUACAGUCUGUGAGCCGAGAGAAAGGAGGCUUCGGCUUCAGGUUUGGAAGAAGAGGUCUAAGCCGGAUCUGA